AUGGGCAGAGAAGGAGGGACAGAGGGGGAUGACCAGCUGAGGGGGGGAUGGUGUCACAUUGAAAGCUUGAUUGAUGGGCGGUGGACAGGAAGGGAACGGGCUGGGGAGAUAGGAAGCUUCCCCCCUCCCUCCUCCCUGCUUCCCCCCUCCCUUCCCCCUGCUUCCCCCCUCCCUCCUUCCUGCUUCUCCCCUCCCUCCGCCCUGCUUCCCCCCACCCUCAUAGAGGUGAGCGUCAUGCACCAGGUGAGCCUUAGCUUUCUCCAUAUGCAACCCCUCUACCUCGAUUCAACCAUCUUGCUUGUCCCUCCCCAUGUACCUCUCCAAUCCCUCCCCAUGUACCUCUCCAAUCCCUCCCCAUGUACCUCUCCAAUCCCUCCCCAUGUACCUCUCCAAUCCCUCCCCAUGUACCUCUCCAAUCCCUCCCCAUGUACCUCUCCAAUCCCUCCCCAUGUACCUCUCCAAUCCCUCCCCAUGUACCUCUCCAAUCCCUCCCCAUGUACCUCUCCAAUCCCUCCCCAUGUACCUCUCCAAUCCCUCCCCAUGUACCUCUCCAAUCCCUCCCCAUGUACCUCUCCAAUCCCUCCCCAUGUACCUCUCCAAUCCCUCCCCAUGUACCUCUCCAAUCCCUCCCCAUGUACCUCUCCAAUCCCUCCCCAUGUACCUCUCCAAUCCCUCCCCAUGUACCUCUCCAAUCCCUCCCCAUGUGCCUCUCCAAUCCCUCCCCAUGUGCCUCUCCAAUCCCUCCCCAUGUACCUCUCCAAUCCCUCCCCAUGUACCUCUCCAAUCCCUCCCCAUGAGCCUCUUCUCCCCCUCCCCAUGUGCCUUUCCUCUUCAUCCCACGCACAAGGGGGCAGCGCAGCAGAGUUGGGAACAAGCUCAUUUUCUAUUUACCCCCUCUUCCUGCCUCCACCCGACUCCUUGCAGGGCUAUUUGGCGUUCAUUCACAUCCGGAAGGAGGAGGGUGGGCGCAGACCUAUCUGGAUUGCAUUCACAUUAGCAAGGAGAAGGGUGGGCGCAUGUGCAUGUUUAUGCUUACACAAGCAGGAGGACCAUAGCUCCACACAGAUGGCGACAGCACUGGUUGCUAAAGGGCAGAGCUGCCAGGACAAGGCAGAGCUGCAAGGACAGGGCAGAGCUGUCGCCCUCGCUUCCUCCCACCGUCGCCCACGCUUCCUCCCACCAUCGCCCACGCUUCCCCCCACCAUCGCCCACACUUUCCCCCACCGUCGCCCACGCUUUCCCCCACCUUCGCCCAUGGCAGGUGGUGGUGCGGCUUUGGAGCAGAGUGUUGGGCGCACAGCCUGGGCAGCGCGUGCAUGCGGGCAGCAAGGAGUGCAGUGCUGCAGGGGGCGGGUUAGGGGAGGCGGAGCGGGGGAGGCGGGGGUUAGGGAGAGAGGGUGCAGGGAUCCUCCUAUCCCCCUUAUACCCUGCCACACUCUUACCUCCUGCCCUCCUCCCUUCCUCCGUUUUGUGGGGCCCCCACAGUCGUCCUCCUCUCCCUCUCUCUUCCACCCUUCCUCCAUCUAUCCCACACUCUCUGCCUCACUACCCUCUUUCCCCUUUCUGUUGCCCGUUAUCCCUCCCUUCCUCCCGCCCUCCCUUCCUGCCAUUCUCCCUCUCCUCAUCCUCCCUCGAUCCAGUCCCCCUUUCCCUUUCCAUUUCCCACUCGCCCACUCCCUUCCUCACGCCAACCCUGCUCCUCCGUUCCACCCAUCCUCUCAUCCGCCCAUCCUCUCAUCCGCCCAUCCUCUCAUCCGCCCAUCCUCUCAUCCGCCCAUCCACUCAUCCCCCUUUCUCUCAUUCGGCCAUCCUCUCAUCCCCCUUUCUCUCAUUUGGCCAUCCUCUCAUCCCCCUUUCUCUUAUCCGCCCAUCCUCUCAUCCCCCUUUCUCUCAUUCGGCCAUCCUCUCAUCCCCCUUUCUCUCAUUCGGCCAUCCUCUCAUCCCCCUUUCUCUCAUUCGGCCAUCCUCACAUCCCCCUUUCUCUCAUUCGGCCUUCAUCCUCCCUCCCAACCCUCUGUCUCCUCCCUCACCUCCUCUCCUUCGUCACCACCUCUCCUCCCUCUUCGCCUCCCAUUCCACAUCUCCGCUGUGCAGAUCGUGGCCUCAGCACCCGGGGAGGCAGGGGAGGGCACGGGCGGAAGGAGGGAAGGGGAUGGGGGGAAGCAGGGAUGGGGAGGGGGGAAGGCAGGGGAGGGGACGGGCGGAAGGAGGGAAGCAGGGAUGGAGAUGGGGGGAAGCAGGGAUGGAGAUGGGGGGAAGCAGGGAUGGAGAUGGGGGGAAGCAGGGAUGGAGAUGGGGGGAAGCAGGGAUGGAGAUGGGGGGAAGCAGGGAUGGAGAUGGGGGGAAGCAGGGAUGGAGAUGGGGGGAAGCAGGGAUGGAGAUGGGGGGAACAGGGAAGAAGGAAAGGGUAUAUGUGUGGGUUGGAAAGGGGGAGUGACAAGUGUGCGAGAUGGGAAGGGAGAAGGGAGGGAUGGCGAGGGCAACGAGGAGUGGAAGGGAGGGCGACGGGGAAACCGAGGGCGACGGGGGGAGAGAGAGACGGGGAUUGCGAGGGGACGAGUGGGAGCGAGGGUGACGAGCGGCAGGGAGGGCGACGAGACGAAGGGGGGCAACGGGCGGAAGGGAGGGAAAGAGAGCGUGAAUGGGGAAAUGAAGGCGACAGGAGGGGGAAAUGAAGGCGACGGGAGGGGGGAGUGA